AUGGAAUAUUUUAAUGAAUUAAUUGAAUAUUUUUAUAGAUUUCCAAAUUUGGUUGGUGAUGAAAGUGAAAAUGAUGCAGCGAAUGGUUUCAGUACAUUUGAUCCGUUAAUUAAGAUUCGUUGUUCAUCACGGCUUAAAUUUUUCCUCUGCUCUAUUUACUUUCCAAUGUGUACCGAUAAGGUACCAAUUGCAAUUGGACCAUGUCGACCGUUAUGUGAACGGGUACAAAUGAAAUGUGAACCAUUAUUGAAGGAAUUUGGUUUUCCAUGGCCAAUUUCGAUGAAUUGUUCAAAAUUUCCUCUUGGUUUAAUGAUUAAUUAA